CUUGCGUUUCAAGAGAUAAUGCACAAGAACGUCAUGCAAAAUUAUUUUGAUGAAUUGGUUAGCCACUUUGGUGUUUAAUUUUAUUCAGCUCGUGAAGCAUAAACAGGCGCGACAGAUACUAUAGUAUUAAUGUUAGAACGUCUGGUAACAAUUAACCCUAAUUGGGAGUGUGUUUUGAUAGACGAGACCGAUCUGGGUGACAUUUUCCACUAGAAACCUACACAAUAUUUUCAGUUGCUACAUGAACUGUUUGGUCUUAGGGUAAAAUGACGGUGAGUUAUCAGUACGACGUUGCUUCUUCCACAUCAGGAGGAUUAAUAAAACUCUUGUUUCGAUGGAGAGGCAGCAUCUGGAAAAUGGUUUACAGAGAACUUUUAUUUUUUUCUGUCAGUUAUGUGAUUCUGACAGCUAUGUAUCGUUUAGUUCUGGACGAACCUAACAAAAGGAUUUUUGAGAAAAUCGUGCAUUUUUGCUCCAAUAUUGUGGACCAGAUCCCCCUGUCGUUUAUUUUGGGUUUUUUUGUGACGUUCACGGCCACCAGGUGGUGGAAUCAGUACAUGGCCAUUCCUUGGCCUGACAAGAUAAUGAACAUCAUAUCCCUGUAUCUGCCAGGAACCGACGAAAACAGCCGGAUAUUUCGUCGAACUCUGAUGCGAUACCUGAACCUUGCCCUCGUUCUGGUGCUGCGUUCCAUCAGCAUGGCAAUGAAAAGAAGGUUUCCUACAAAAGACCACCUGGUGGAAGCUGGUUUUAUAACGAAGGCAGAACUGGAGCUAUUUCUGUCCGUUCCCUCUGUCGAAUUCAACACCUUCUGGAUUCCUUGUACGUGGUUCAUCAAUUUGCUACGUGAAGCCAAAGAAGAGCGUCGAAUUACUGAUUCUAAUGGGCUUAAACUCAUUAUGGAGGAGUUCAAUAAUUUUCGUUCCAAAUGUGGAUUACUCUGGAGUUACGACUGGAUUAGCAUUCCCCUUGUUUACACUCAGGUCGUCACAUUGGCCACCUACACUUUCUUCGUAGCUUGUAUAUUUGGACGUCAGUACGUCAGAAGUCCAGAUCCCACAAUACAAGCCAAGCAGCCUUUCGACUAUUACGUCCCGGUUUUCACCAUUUUCCAGUUCCUGUUCUACAUGGGACUACUUAAAGUUGCUGAACAACUUAUCAACCCUUUUGGCGACGACGAUGAAGACUUUGAGCUUAACUGGAUUAUAGACCGACAUAUUAAG